CAAAACAAAAAAAAAGAAGAUACAGACACAAGCGAAACUCACAUUAUCUUCUUUUUUUUAAUAACCGGAUGUCCUGACUAGCUUGCGCGUCAGUAUAUUGGGAGAAAAAGAUUAUUAGGGACUUAAAAUGUAAAUGGCAAAAAAAAAAAAAAAAAGAUAACAUGGGCGGUGAUUAUCAUAAAUAUUGUCCUGUAAUUUGAACAUAAAAUGGACUCAAAAUGAUAAACAGUAGUUUGGUUGGUACUCUAAAUGGUAAGUAGUUAAAUUUAGCUGCCUAAUAAUGAUAAACAGUGGAAAAGGUUUUGACCAAAAAUGUGCAAAAACCAAAAAUGAGAAAAGGAAACUCACAACUUUCAUGUCACAGAUUAUCAAAAUCAAGAGCGGAGGUAUACAAACAAAAUCAAAGUAGGAGAUUCAUUGAAAUUUAUACCAAAAAUUAUUAAUUGAUCAUGGAGCACCGCCACCGUCACAUGAUACUUCAGGAACCUUUUUCAAAUUUGUGGCUUCCACACCAAUGUGUAACGAAUGAGGCAUUUGGUAUACCAUGUGACGGUGCUCUAGGAGUAUUGAGUACCCACACACACUUUGGAUUUUGACCUCAAACUAGUGGCCACUUUGGACUAAAUUAAUUCCUUGAGAUUAUUUUUUAGAUUUUAUUAGUUUUGAGUUUUUUUAUUUAUCUUGACGAGGGAAAUUGAAAAUUGGAAAAAUUCCUUUUAAGAUUUUUCCAAAUUUGAUUUAUAUGAGUUCAAAAAGUUAAUUGUUGUGAUCUAAAAAAGAAAUUAAUAAAGUCCAAAACUACACCAACCGUCUUUACCUCAAAAUCGUUUUCCAUUCCACAAACCUGCUAAGAGUAAAUGUGCUGUCAAAACGGGACUCGGGACCCUAUAUUGUAGUGGUGUACACAUGCAUUUUUUUCCACUUACAUAGGAAAAAAAUCAUUUGACCUUAUCCACCAUAAUCAUCCCAAAUCUCAGUCUAUUUAAACACUACUCAGACGGCUUAAUUUUCUCACACCAAACUCUCCAUAUCCAAACACCAUCCGUUUGAAUCUAAGACAUCAUCCCUCUCUCUCUCUCUCUCUCUAGAAUGGCUGACAGGAAGUAUGAGGAAAAUGGAUUUUCAGGGGAAACCCCGACACCAAUUCCUGCAUUUGAUCCUCCGCCGAAGCCAAAACGAAACAAGUUUGCUUUAGCUUGUGCCAUUUUAGCUUCUAUGACUUCAAUCCUAUUGGGUUAUGACAUUGGUGUAAUGAGCGGAGCUGGAAUCUUCAUAAAGGAAGACCUCAAGAUCUCAGACGUCCAACUAGAAAUCGUGAUGGGAAUCCUCAACAUCUACUCCCUCCUCGGCUCCUGCGCCGCCGGCUGCACCUCCGACUGGAUAGGUCGCCGGUACACCAUCGUGCUCGCCUCCGUGAUCUUCUUCGCCGGAUCGCUGCUGAUGGGUUUCGCCGUCAACUACGCGUUUCUCAUGGUGGGGCGGUUUGUGGCCGGAAUCGCUGUUGGGUAUGCCUUGAUGAUAGCUCCGGUGUACACUGCCGAGGUCUCUCCGGCAUCUUCCCGUGGGUUUCUCACGUCUUUUCCGGAAGUGUUUAUAAACAUUGGCAUACUACUGGGCUACGUAUCAAACGUCGCCUUGUCCAAGCUCCCAACCCACCUCGGCUGGCGCCUCAUGCUCGGCAUCGGCGCCAUCCCCGCCGCCUUCCUCGCCAUCGCCGUCCUCGCCAUGCCCGAAUCCCCUCGCUGGCUCGUCCUCCAGGGCCGCCUCGGCGACGCCAAGAGAGUCCUCGACAAGACCUCCGACUCAGAGCAAGAAUCCCAGGUCCGCCUCGCCGACAUCAAGGAUGCCGCCGGCAUCCCCCCGGAUUGCCACAACGACGUUGUCCAGGUCCCCAAGCGCAGCAGCCACGGCGAAGGAGUCUGGAAAGACCUCCUCCUCCGCCCCACCCCCGCCGUGCGGCACAUCCUGAUCGCCGGCGUUGGAAUACACUUCUUCCAGCAAACGUCCGGGAUAGACGCCGUCGUCUUGUACAGCCCGAAGAUAUUCGAGAAGGCGGGAAUAAACAAAUCGCAUCUGCUGCUCGCGACCGUGGCCGUCGGGUUCAUCAAGACCGUGUCCAUCCUGGUGGCAACCUUCUUCGUGGACCGGUUCGGGCGGAGGAAGCUGCUGCUGAUCAGCAUCGGGGGGAUGAUCGUGUCCCUCGCGAGCCUCGGAACUAGUCUGAUGGUGAUCGAUCGUUUCAAGGAGGACAAGUUGGCCUGGGCGGUCGCUCUGGCGGUAGUUUCUGUUCUUGCUUUCGUGGCCAUGUUUUCGAUGGGGCUGGGCCCCAUCGCGUGGAUCUAUAGCUCGGAGAUCUUCCCGCUGAGGCUGCGGGCCCAGGGGACAGGCAUCGGGGUCGGGGUGAACCGCGUGAUGAGCGGCGUUAUAUCGAUGACUUUUAUCUCUCUGUACAAGGCCGUGACGAUCGGCGGGGCCUUUCUUAUUUUCAUGGCGGUGGCGGUGGUCGGGUGGCUGUUUAUUUAUCUGUUGCUGCCGGAGACGCGGGGGAAGACCCUUGAGGAAAUGCAAAGCUUGUUUGGUGGGUUUUUCAGGUGGAGGCCAACGAUGAGGGAAUUGGAGAAGAAUGCUGAUGUUAAUGGGAAUGGCCAAGUUCAAUUGGGAGUGAACCACGGCUGAGUGAAAAGUGCGGCUUUGCUUUAUGUAGAUAGUGUUAGAUAAUUAUGGAUAUUAGUACAUUACUCCCUCUCCAGAUUUAAUUGUUUAUCGUUUUAUUCUAACCGAUUAAAAAAUUUGUUAUGUCUUUAAAUUUGUAAUGAAUUUUAUAUCGAAUAUAGAUAUUGUUUGAUUGAUUUCAAUUA